AUGUCUCUACCAGAGAAAAUGUAUGGACCGAAAUCAGGUGUAUUUGAUCCUUGCGACUUCCUCUUCUGGGUACUGGGACGAUCCUCGAAGUUUGAGCUGAUUGACUCUAACAAAGAAGACUAUCAUCCUCAAGAACCUUUCCCUUUUGGACAUCAACGAGUACAGAGUGGCAUACUACGAACACAAAGCUCGUCAAAUCUUUCUCCUAUUGCACACACUGAUCGCAAAUCUGAUAUACCUAACGACAAGGAGGAAUUUUCUGCACACAGAGAUGGUCCACAUCGGCCCACGUCGGAAGAUGACGACGCUAAGAUGAUCAAUGCCGCGAUCAUAGAAUUUGCUGUGGGUCUAAUGGACGCAGCAAACACUUUAGCCAUCUAUAAGCGUCGGUCCUCGAGGAAAGCCGUGGCCUUCAGGCGAACCAAACGAGUCCUUGAGAACAUAACACUUGCAGACUGUUUGACUUCGAUGGCCGACCCACAAAGCAUCUUCGAGAGACUAACACAGAAGGUUCCGCGGACAGCUCGAGUUUUCAGGUUUAUGGACAGAAUGAACAUCGAGGCAUUGAAACGACUUAGAAGCCAGUCAGCCAGAACCCUAGUCACUCGACGGCGGAUGCCCUCGCGACAAAAGAAAGUUCAAGGUCGUAAGACUUUUGCGGCGGUCCAAAGACUAGAAGCAUGCCGUAAAAAUCUCUCCAGAUCUGCCAAGCGUCACGUUGCUGAGAUGACUGAUUGUCCUCAACCAUCAGAAGAGUAUGAUAAGGAGCCAACCCGUUCUAGCUCACCAGACGAUUCUGAUGAUGAGUUUUUCGAUUGCAGCACUACUCUGACUGAUGAGCACAAUCAAGUGUCACUGCAUGUGCUACAGGAGAAGGUCAAUUUACAGAAGAACAUGCUGCAGCUGUCUAUCACGAUUAUCAGAAAUCAAGACGAAUUGAUUACUCUGCUCGACGGGAAAGUCGACUUGAAACAAAGACGAGUCGAUCUACAACAGAGCACAAUAAAAGUGCUACAGAGUUCUCUCACCAAUCAAGAUGUCAGCCUUCCUAUUUCGUCGCAAAGAGCUGCGAAAGAGGCAAAGGUGGAGCUGUUGGAGCGGCCGCAACAAACGUUAAAAGAGCUAGAGGAGCUUUCAGCUCUGAUAGACGAACAAAGCGAGCUGCUAGAAAAUCUUCGACUGGCCGCCGCAGCGAAUACAGAAGAACUGUACGAAACUACGGGACUUGGAAAAAAGCAAGACGGGGUCUCCGAACUGCAGGAGCCUGCGGAUCGUGCAGAAGACUUCCAAGAUCUUCACGCCCUUGCUCAUGCGCACAUUGAGCUACGUCAGGAUCUUCAAGAGUCAGAUGCGAGGAUCUUGCAUCGCCAGAAGGAGAUGAUUGCCUCGAUUCAAAGACUGCUUAACGAGUAG